GAGGAGGCGUUCCUGCCCCCUGACCGAAGUCUGAAGCUGAAGCGAGAGAGGAAAGCAAACAUGGCGGAGCUGGAAGAUGUUACGCUGGACGGGAAACCGCUUCACUCGCUCCGGGUGGCAGAUUUGAAAUCUGCUUUGGAGCAGAGAGGUCUCCCUAAGAGCGGCCAGAAAAAUGCACUAAUCAAGCGACUCAAGGGGGCUCUGAUGUUGGAGAAUCUACAGAGGACCUCCAGUCCUCACAUGGGACUCCAGCCAAACUCUCAGAUCGGAGAGGAGAUGAGUCAGAACAGCUUCAUUAAGCAGUACCUGGCGAAGCAGCAGGAGCUCCUGAGGCAGCGCCUGGAGAGAGAGGCACGGGAGGUGGCUGAAGCUGAUGAUAGUCCUGCAGAUCCAGACGAUGAUGAUCACACAAAGAGCAGUGACAUCACUUCCUGUACCGCUGAGCGUGCAGAGGAAGUGAUGUCAGCUGAGGCGUGUGUCCUACCCCCACAAUCCUCUGAUGGUAGCCCCGCCCCCGCCCCCCGAGCCCCGGAUCCUGGGUCCCUGGAGGCCCUUGUGGCCCCGGAGGCCCCUGUCCAUGGCGUGGCGUCCCUGUCAGUGCGAGUCCUCACUGGGCCCCCCCUGGCCCUGCCCGCCCCCCCCCACUCCGGCCCACAGCUUAUCUCGUCAGCGCAGGAUGACAGUGAUGAUGACGAGGACAGCGAUGAAGAGUGGGGUGUGGGCAUGGGGCCCGGGCGGAGCCAGCCCACCUGGGAGACUUUGAGGUGCAAGCAGCGCCCCCCCUGGCACGUCCCCCCACAGCUACAGCAGCCCACGCCGCCCCCAUCCUUCCCCCUGCCUGACACCCCCAAACAGAGCCCCCCCGGCCUGGAGCGGCCGCAGGGUGUGGCGGGGGGGCAGGGGGGUGGCCCAACCACUCAGGAGCAGCCCGGGGGCAUCUUGGGAAGCCCAAAAACUGAUGCACCCAUCACCAAGGUGACAGCCCCACCCACCGGGGAUGCAGGGGCUCCUCCCCAUUCUGGGCCUGCUGUCACCAUGGAAACCGGAGAGCAGGAGACGAGCAGCCCUAAAGCUGGAGGCUCUCCCCAGAGCCCCAAAGAGCUGGAGGAGGAGAGAGGGAGUGGUGAUUCCCCUGGACACGCCCACACCCUGCGAGACACGCCCCCUUUUGCCCCAGCCACCUCCCCCUGCUGUCUGCCCUUGCCCCCCGAAGAGUCACGCCUCCUCUCUGCACCCCCAAGACCAGAUCCUGGGGUGCUUCCACCCGGGGGCGGGACCGCUUGUGUAGCCAUGGAGAUGGGAGUGGGCGGAGAAUGGGCGGGGCCUGGGGGCGUGGCACCUGUGCUGCCACCCUCUCCCCCCCCCGAGGAGGGAGACACUGCAAGGGCGAAGCCUUGCUCCUCCAGCGACUCCUCAUCCUCUGACUCAGACUCUUCAUCCCGACCCUCAGCCUCCUCUUCCUCACGUGAUGAACCUCACUCUGGUCCCGCCAGCUGGAGGGGUGAUUUGGGGUCCCUGGGCAGCAGGGGACCCCAUGGUCCUCCUCGCAAGAGGAGAGGAGAGCAGGAGGAAGAGGACGGAGAAGUGAGCCACAGGAAGAAGCCGUGCCCUGAAGAUGUAGAUGAAGAUGAGAUGAAGAGACACCAACCCAUGGAGGUGACGCAGGCUGGGUCGGGCUCUGUGGUAGAGGCAGAGGCCUGCAGUGAGAGACGGGGCCCAGUAGAGGGCAGCAUGGGAAACUCUGCGGAGAGCCCCACAGCCACGACCUGCAGUGCUCCCCAGAUCUCCCUGCCCAUCACAAAGCCAGCCUCAGAGUGUGGGCCGGUUGCUGUGGGGACGUUGGGCCCUCCAGCGCCUCCUGCAGGGACUUUGGAGGAGGCGGUGUCUCCAGUUCCCGCCAGCCGGAAGAGAAGGUGGGACUCCAGCACCACACCUGCUGCCAAGCAACAGCAGCCAUCUGGUGGCUUCAGCUCCCUGAAGUCUCUGAUCCCAGACGUUCCGCCUGCGGUGGACUCCAGCAGCCAGCAGGAGGCGGUGGUGGAGCUGCAUCCAGAGGAGGGGCGUCUCUCUGAGGACGAAGAGGAGGAGGAGCAGGGCACAGCUGGAGGGCUUCACGUCCAGCGCGCUGUCACACAGAUGGCUUCUGCAGGGAAGCAGGAGAAUGGACAGAAGGAGGGACUGGAAGAGGAAGAUGAGGAGGAUGAAGCAGGAGGAGGAGGGGACAGGCAGAGGCCACUGAAGGAGGAGAGGAAGGACUGCUCGCUUGUUGCCAUGGAAACGCAGGCGCCGCCCACCCCUGAGGCACCCUCAAAGAAAGCUCCCCCUAGUGGUACCCGGGUGCGCCACUCCAGUCAGCAGAAAUCGGGUGUGUCCCUCACCGCUGAGGACCCUGUCUGCUCCGCCCAGAAACCGCCACCCCCCCACAGUAAAGGCACCAACAUCAUCCACAUCUGCAACCUGGUGCGUCCCUUCACUCUGGGCCAGCUGAAGGAGCUGCUGAACGAGACCGGAGCCGUAGUGGAGGAGGGAUUCUGGAUCGACAAAAUCAAGUCCCACUGUUACGUCACUUACCCCAGUGUGGAGGAGGCCGUCGCUGCUCGGACUGCGCUGCAGGGGCUGAAGUGGCCCCAGACUAACCCCAGAUUCCUCAGGGUGGACUUCUGUCAGCAGGAUGAGCUGGACCACCACAGGGCGCAGUUGGAUGGUGUGGGGGCGGUGCAGAGGGAGGGGGGCGGGGUGGGGGAGUGGGACCAGCAGGCGCAGCGUCAGAGAGAGCGGGAGCGCAGAGAGCGAGCGAGGGGCGAGCGAGAGUGGGACCGGGACAAGGUGGCAGAUUUCAGCAGACCAGGGGAAGACCAGCGCUCCCCGGCACACCCCCCCGAGAGGAGAGACCAGCCCAGGACGGAAAACCCCCCGGGGAAGUUGCUGGAUGACCUGUUCUGUAAGACCAAGGCCCCCCCCUGCAUAUACUGGCUCCCCCUCACCGAGCAGCAGGCGCUGCAGAGAAAGGCGGAGCGUGCGGAGAGGAUGAAGGAGAGAGAGAAGAGGAGGAAGGAGCUGCAGCAGGAGGAGGACAGGAAGCGGGAGGAACGCAGGGCGGGGCGGAGCAAAGAAGCAGGGGGCGUUGCUGAAGGGGGAGGGGCCUCUCAGCCUGUCACAGGAGAGAGGGAGAAAGAGAGCGAGAAGGUAAGGGAGAAUGAGAAGGUUAGGGAUAAAGAGAAUGAGACUGAGAAAGUAAGGGGAAAAGAGGACAGGGAGAGAGAGGAGAAAGACAAGGAAAGAGGGAAAGAGAUGGGGAGAGGGGAAAAGGAGAAGGAAAGAGAGAGGGGGAGGGGGAGAGAGUCAAAAGAGGAGGAAAGAGAUAAGGGAAGGGGGAGAGAGGAGAAGGAGAAGGAAAGAGGGAAAGUGACGGGGCAAGGGGAGAAAGCAGGGGAAAGAGCGAGGGGGAGAGAGGAGAAAGAGGGGGAAAGAGAGAGGGGGGAGGGGAAAGAGGAAAAAGAGAGGGAGAAAGAAGGGGAAAAGAGAGAGGGGAGAGGGGGAGAGAGGAGAAAGAGAGGGAGAAAGAGGGGGAAAGAGAGAGGGGGAGAGAGGAGAAAGAGAGGGAGAAAGAGGGGGAAAGAGAGAGGGGGAGAGAGGAGAAAGAGAGGGAGAAAGAAGGGGAAAGAGAGAGGGGGAGGGGGAGAGAGGAGAAAGAGAGGGAAAGGGGGAGGGGGAGAGGAGAGAGAGAGGAGGAGAGGGAGAGGGGUAAGAGGCGAGAUGGUUACAGUGGCAGAAGGGCAGAUUCAAAAUCUCGGGGGGGCAGGCGUUCACGAAGCCACAGCAACCCCCCCCCACCUAGAGACCGGCGACACUGAGGAAUUACACACACACACACACACACACACACACACACACACACACACACACACACACACACACACACACACACACACACACACACACACUCACAUGGCAUCACUCUUUAGUUCCGGGUCAUAUGACCCUCCUUGUGCACUGUAG